CUCAUUCCCUGGUAUAUAUCUCUUCUAGUAUCUGAAAGUACAAAGCAAAAAGCGAGCUGAGCGAGCUUAUCCACGAUUUUAACCAGCCAAGAUAUGCCUGCCCCAGAUAAGAAACCAAAGACCCUUUAUGACAAGAUCUUUCAGGACCAUAUUGUGAAAGAGCAGGAAGACGGAACAAUUUUGCUCUAUAUUGAUAGGCAUCUUGUCCACGAAGUCACGUCACCUCAAGCGUUUGAAGGCCUAAAAAAUGCUGGACGGAAAGUACGGAGGCCAGAUUGUACUCUGGCCACGGUAGAUCACAACAUCCCCACCACAUCUCGCAAGACCUUUAAAAAUGUCGAAAAUUUCGUUCAAGAGGCUGACUCGCGACUACAAUGUAUGACCCUUGAGGAAAAUGUGAAGGAUUUCGGGCUCACAUACUUUGGAUUGGGAGAUAAGAGACAGGGAAUUGUGCAUGUCAUCGGGCCGGAACAAGGAUUCACUCUUCCUGGCACAACUGUCGUCUGUGGUGAUUCCCACACAUCGACACAUGGCGCUUUUGGCGCCUUGGCAUUUGGAAUUGGCACCAGCGAAGUCGAACAUGUGUUAGCCACGCAGACCCUCAUCACCAAGCGCAGCAAAAACAUGCGUGUUCAGGUUGAUGGUGAGCUUCCACCCGGUGUUAGUAGCAAGGAUAUAAUUCUCCACGUGAUUGGUGUGAUCGGAACUGCUGGUGGCAAUGGGGCUGUCAUUGAAUUUUGCGGUUCAGCGAUCAGAGGUCUUAGCAUGGAGGCACGUAUGUCCAUUUGUAACAUGAGUAUCGAAGCUGGUGCGCGGGCUGGCAUGGUUGCACCGGAUGAAAUUACUUUGGAAUACUUGAAGGGAAAGCCCUUGGCGCCAAAGUAUGAUAGUCCUGAGUGGAAGAAGGCCGUGAAGUAUUGGUCCAGCUUGAAGUCUGAUGUGGGUGCUAUAUAUGAUAAGGAGGUUUUCAUCGACACGAAGGAUAUCGUCCCAAACGUGUCUUGGGGUACGUCCCCGCAAGAUGUCGUGCCAAUCACUGGAGUUGUUCCCGGUCCAGAUGAUUUUACGGAUGAAGAUAAGAAGACGAGUGCAAGGCGCGCAUUGGAAUACAUGGGACUCACCCCCGGGACACCAAUGCAAGAUAUCGUCAUCGACAAGGUAUUCAUCGGAUCCUGUACCAACUCCCGUAUGGAAGAUCUGCGUGCGGCUGCCCACAUUGUUCAGGGCAAGAGGGUAGCCGCCAACAUCAAGCGGGCAAUGAUUGUCCCAGGCUCUGGUCUGGUCAAACAACAAGCAGAGGCUGAGGGCCUUGACAAAAUCUUCACUGAUGCUGGGUUUGAAUGGAGAGAAGCUGGUUGUUCGAUGUGUCUCGGCAUGAACCCAGAUAUUCUCUCUCCCCGUGAACGAUGUGCGAGUACAUCUAACCGAAAUUUCGAAGGUCGACAAGGGGCGUAUGGGCGGACCCAUCUUAUGUCCCCCGUGAUGGCCGCUGCAGCUGCCAUUGUCGGCAAGCUUGCUGAUGUCCGAACAAUUGAUACUGCCCAUAUAUUGACUCAAAAGAGAGGCUUACCAAAUGUUGAUAUCGAGGCCAUCGUUGACGAGAUGGAUACUGAGGAGGACUUGGAGCGCAUCCUUGACGUCCCUGAAGACGAUGAACCGCACACUAAUAGCUCUACACGCCAUACCUCAGCUGGUCUGCCAAAGUUUACCAUUCUCAAAGGUGUUGCGGCUCCACUGGACCGCGCAAAUGUGGACACAGAUGCCAUCAUCCCCAAACAAUUCCUCAAAACCAUCAAGCGUACCGGUCUAGGAAGCGCCCUCUUCUACUCCUUAAGAUUUGACGAAGCCGGUGCCGAGAGGCCUGAUUUCAUCCUCAACCGAGAACCAUACCGCCAUGCCAAGAUCCUCGUCGCAGGCGUGAACUUUGGGUGCGGUAGCUCCCGGGAGCAUGCUCCAUGGGCGCUCCUCGAUUUCGGUAUAAAAUGCAUAAUCGCUCCCUCAUACGCUGACAUUUUCUUCAACAACACAUUCAAAAACGGUAUGCUGCCCAUUGCCAUCACCGAUGACGCCGUGUACAGAAAAAUAUACGCGGAAGCGCUGGCUGGCCACGAGCUAGAAGUCGACCUCCCCAAUCAACGUAUCAGUGACGCCUCGGGAAAAAAGCUGGCGGACUUCGAUGUUGAGCAAUUCAGAAAGCAUUGCCUUGUUAAUGGUCUGGAUGAUAUUGGUCUCACGAUGCAGAUGGAGGAGGAUAUAAAGAAGUUUGAGAUUGCUCGGUCACUGGAAACGCCAUGGUUGGAUGGGACGGGAUAUUUGAAGCGGGGAGAUCUGAGGAAGGCGCCAUUAAUGGUCCCAACUGCUGCUGUAGCAAAUACAAAGGAUGGUGAAGUAAAUCAGGGCCAAAUGGAGUGGUGAGGGGAAUUUCCACUGUGAAGUGUGGAGGUUCUUUUAGCUUCCUUAGACCAAUUUCUUUUAUAAAACAAGGGCGAUCAAUGGUGGUCAAGAGAUUUGUUCUACCCUUGAUCAUAUUCGUCUGUUUUUGGUUUUCCAGGAUAUCAUGCAACAUAACCAUGACAAGCAUGUUCGUUGUUAAUAAGUUAAUAUUAUUGCGUUUUCGGCUCUGUCCAUGCAUCUCAGAAGGAGGAAAAAGUUAGUAAAAGGUGGGGUUUGAUCAAUUCCUCAAGCAAUUUUUUAUCCCUAAUUGAAUGGCAAUUCUGGUCCUUUUUUGU